GGGGCCAAGGGCCAAGAUGGCGGACUUCGACGCGAUCUACGAGGAGGGCGAGGAAAACAACGAGGAGCCUGAUGCUGUCCCCGAGUCCACCGUGUCUCUGGCGCCCGACCCGGUCAUCAUCAGAGGCGCGGGCAACAUGACCAUAUUUGGUCUAAGCAAUCGGUUUGAAUGCGAGUUUCCUAGUGGACUUGUUUCUCGAGUUGCACCUGAAGAAUAUAAAGCGACAAUAAUGAGAGCUAAUAGUGUUCUCAAGAAAACCUUACCUGUUAAUGUGAAAUGGCUGUUCUGUGGAUGCGUUUGUUGUUGUUGUACCCUUGGAUGCUCACUUUGGCCUGUCAUCUGUCUUAGUAAAAGGACCCAGCAUUCUAUAGAUAAGCUGCUUGAAUGGGAGAAUAGCAGGUUAUAUCACAAGUUGGGACUUCACUGGAGACUCACCAAGCAGCGAUGUGAUUCCUCCUCAAUGAUGGAAUAUGUCCUUCAAAUAGAGUUCAUUCCGAAGAUACCAAUAUAUAAGCCUGAUUGAAAUGAAGUAUGGAAUUCUUUAAUGAACAUACUUAUUUUUCUCCAAUCACUGCAGUGCUUCUUGUCGGGUCCACAUAGUCACAAUUUAGGGUAUGUUGAAUUUUUUUAAUUGUUAUUUUGUUGUUUGUGGGAUAUGAACUUUGGAACUGAUUGUUGUUAAAAUGAAAUCAUAGAAUUUGUUAUUUUAUGAAGCAGUGAUCUUCUGAGGGCUCUUCUUUUUCAUUUUAAAGUCGUACAUAAAUAAUCAUUUAUUAGGAAAUGACAUCUAGGGGUGGGACUAGGCGUUCUCUCGUCUUGUUUUGUGUGAUCUCUGUCAAUUGAUUUGUUCACAUGUAAAGGUAUGGUGAGUUUGACAUUAGAUGACACAACGAUGUAUUAGACUGUUACCAUUGUGUGGGAGAAUUAAUGUUAAAACAAUAUAUAUAUUCAUAUUGGUGCUGAUGUAGGUUACAAUUUUAUAAAGCAUCUGAAUCAGCUGUUAGGAAUGACUGAUUCUGAACAGUUUGGUGAAAUGCACAUGAUGUGUUGUGGUACAUAGUUGCUCAUAGUAAGAUAGCAUUUAAAAACCAAAUUUAUUUUUGUUAUGUUAAAUGAGCACAGCUGGCUUGUUGGUUUCUUGCAUAAGUUAGUUGAGAUUAUUAUCAGACAUGAACCAGAGAGGCCUUAAUUAAAUGACAUCUUCAAUGGUGUUUAUUGUAGUGCACUAUAGUGUGUCGAAAACUUUAUGAGGGGUACCUGAUGGUAUUAUCAAAGCUCACAUUUUCCUCCUAUUUUUUAAUUGUUAUUUAUUGCGUUAACUGACAGAUGUGCGCAGAGAGACUGUGAAGUUUAUGUAGUUGUUUGAGUCAUGAAAAGCUCUGGUGAGAUUAAAGAUUUGGUGAUAUGGUCACAGAACAUCUUUAUCUGUUAUAUGAUAGCACAUUUUCAGUGCAUAUCUUGUUGGUCUGGUAAGGAUGUAUGAAUUAAUUGAACUAACUUUACUGUAACUGUUAUAACCAAUGGCUCUGUGACAUACUGAAUAUGACAGUUCAAAUGCUUCUCUUGUUUUUCAAGUUCCCUUUUAUGAUCACUUUCAAAUGUUGUUGACUAUAUAACGACAUUGGUUGAGGCUAGCAUUAUUUUCUUCUCUGUAUGUGUGUGUGUGUGUGAGUCAGUGAGAGGGAGAGAGCAAGCGAGAGAGCGAAUGUUGAUCUCAAAAACUGCUAGUGCAUUUUGGCCCGUUGUAUUUGUGCUUGAGUGAAAAUUUCACCAACAUUUUAAUUUAUUCAAUAGGCAAAGAUUGUUUUUCCUUGAUUUCUACCUUACUACCUAGAUAAAAUUGAUGAAGGAUUCUUGUUUUAUUCUAUUGGAAUUUUAACUUUUUGGGACCAUUGUUGUUAGUGUUCAAAGCACUGUAUUUGUUUCUUGGAACAAAUCUCAGUCAGCCUUUAUUUUAUACAAAUAAUGGCGUUACUUUUAAAAUCAGAUGCCAUUUUAAAAAUAAAAGUUGUUGUCAAAAAAACAAAACAAAAAAAACACAUGGUAAUAGUUUACAAACAAAAACAACAAAAAAUUAUUUCAUCAACAGCAAGAACUAUUUAUAGCAAUCUUGUUAGAUAUUAAAUUACAGGGUUUUAUGCUAAGAUGUGUGGAUUUGUGAUCUGAUAAUCACAUUGUUCAUAUUUACAAAGCAAAGUUUAUUAACAAUAAUUCCACACUAUAAAAUUUUGUUGGGUAUGCCAUUGGUUGACAACGUGAUAGAUGUAGUGAUUAGUGUUACAAUUUGACGUAACGGUAAUUGUUGACAGUCACACUUUUGGUAUGUAGGUACUCACUCCAUUUUAGUACCCAACAGUCUUUUUUAGUUGUGUUGUAUCAUGCAAACACCUAGCACAUAACCUUAAGAAUUAUAGGAUUCUCCUAUCUAUGCAUUUAUCAUCAUUAGAUAUCUGUAAGUUAGUAUGUCAAAUGUUUUCUGUUAAAGUUUUGAAUCUGGAAGUAUGUGCUUCUUCAACUUCCGUUGAUGUUUGGCACUGGCUGCUUGGUUAGCACAGGAAUGUAGGCCCUCUAUUUUAAUUGUACAUAAAGAAUCUAAUCCAAUCCCCUGGAUUGUAGAAAUAUUUUUGACAAAUGUAUCUCUAAAAGAGAAACUUAAAGCUAUGUGAUAUUUGAUAUGCAAGCCAAUUUGUAAAGCUUUAGUUUACUGUGUGAUAGAUCUGCCAUUGUAUUUUUGUGGUUUCAAAAUUAUUUAAUUUUGCUAAACACUUGCUUUCUUUUCUUUUUUUACGCUAUUGGUUAAGACAAUUUCACUUCAAGUUUUAUUGAAUCUCCCAUUGAACUUACAUUAAUGGUCGCCAACACUAGGAAAGUCAGUACAAACCGCUUUUGUUGCUUUCGCUCUUAAUAAGAAUAGUUGUGUAAUUGUAGAUGUCUGAAAUUGGGCUAUGGUUCUGAUUCAUAAGUUGCUAAACCAAAGGACUGGGCUUGAUAGUCAUGGAAAUUGAACUUCCUUUAGUGCUGUAUUGAUUUUUAUUACAUCUUAAGACCUUAUGGGAAGUUGAUCAAGCAAUAAUCAAGUGUAUUUAAUUUAAAAUUAAGUAGAAAGUGUCAUAAAUUUAGAAUUUGUGAGAAGCCGACCCCAGUUUAGAUAUUUAAACAAGCUCUCUGUCUUUCAUUCAUUUAACUUUUAUUUCCCCAUUUUUGAGCACACUUGUACUUGAAUGUGUUCUCUCCCUGUUUUCAGAAAUGUUAGUAUUUUUGAACCAGAUGUACUUGCACCUGUGUACUGGUAAACUGUUGGGACUAUUUAGAGAGAAGUGUGUAUUGUACAUUAUGUUAAACAACAAACAGCAGAAAAUUUAGAGCUCAAUUCACCAUGUAUCUACCAAACUAGAUGUAAGCUGUGUGUUCCUACCUCAGAAAUUGUUGGUACAAUGAAGAUUGUGUAAUAUUCCAAGUGAGGUAACAUGCAACUUUGUCUCAUGUAGUUGUUUAAAAUCUUUCUCUCUUGUCCAACAAGCUAAAAGAUGUAAGUUUUAUGGCACAAAACCCAGAUUUUAGUGCAAGUCAACAUGUUCCAACCUUUUUAUUAGUUGGUAUAUGUUUGAGUUUUAUUUGAAAGAUGACUUGGUUUGGAAAAUAUUUCAGGCAUUUUCUUGGAAUUAUACCAUUAGGAAGGGUGUUGCAAUUUGUGAAGGUACAUGAGCACAGAAAAAUUGUUUCUAUUGUGAUCAAGCAGACAUGCAAAAAUAAAUGCAUUGAAGUUCAA